AUGAGUGUAGAAAUCCUUGAUGGCAAGACCAUCCAAAGCUUUGUCGAGGACGAAGGUGCCUUCAACUCAUCCGUGGAUGGCCGGUUUGCGGCCCUCGACACCAACCAUGAUGGCCUGCUCUCUUACACCGAGAUGGCACAGGAGCUCAUGAGCCUCAGAGUUCUUGAGAAGCACUUUGGUGUUGAUGAGUCUGCCAUGAGCCAUGAUGAGCUUGUGGAGCUUUACCGUGGGCUCUUCGCAAAGUUCGACCGGGACGGCAAUGGCACGGUGGACCUGGAGGAGUUCCGUGCUGAGAUGAAAGAGGUGAUGCUUGCUGUGGCCAAUGGGCUCGGUUUCCUGCCAGUGCAGAUGGUGGUCGAGGAAGGCAGCUUCCUGAAGGUGGCUGUGGACCGGGAGUUGGCCAAAGCAGCUUGA